AUGAAGACCUUCGCUCCCGCUCUCCUCGUCGCCUUGGCAGGUGUUGCCUCUGCUCAGCUUCCCGACCUUCCCCAAUGCUCGCUUCAAUGCUUCAUCACCGCAUUGGGCUCGGACGGCUGCUCUGAACUCACCGACUUCAAGUGCCAUUGCCAGAAGUCCGACUCCCUCCUCUCCUCGGUCACUCCCUGCGUGCAGUCCGCCUGCACCGCCGACGAGCAGGCCGAGGUCAUCAAGGGCGUCCAGGACACCUGCGCCUCCAACGGCGUCACCAUCAGCGUCCCGAGCCCCAGCGGUACCUCCGCCCCGGAAUCGUCCGCCGCGCCUGAGUCCAGCAGCGCCGAGAUGUCUUCCACCAUGGAGGCUUCUUCUGCUCCUGAGGCUACUAGCACUAUGCCCGCCUCCUCCUACGCGGCCUCCUCCAUGGCCCCCAGCUCCUCCGUCUCCGCCGUGCCUCUUCCUUCCGCCAACGGCACCGUCCCCUCUGCUACUCCUUCGCCCUCUUCCUCCGAGUUCCCCGGUGCCGCUUCUCGCAUCGGUGCCGCCGCUGGCCUCGUCGGCGCUGCUGCCCUUGCUGUCUUCGCUUUGUAA